UAUCAAAUCGGCAAUCUAUAUCCUAUAUCUACCUAGCGCAAUGCCGACUUCGCUGUGAUUGAUUCUUGCUAUUUUAUUUUAUUUCUUUUGCAGUGACAUUGUAUCGGAUUCUUGUAUAGAUAGAGAUAGAGAUAGAGACUCUCACAGCAGCGAACGCCGCCUCACGACCCGAACCAACAUAUCAAUCCCAGACAGCAGUUAGCCAUACACUGACCAUGGGUUCCAAACCUGACAAGCCUACUUCCUCAAGUCCCACUGAUCGUCUCUCACAAGUCACAAACCACAUCAACCCGCCCAACACUCCCCGAAAGCGCCGCCAAAAGUCUGAUUCCGCCCUUCCAGCAGAUUAUUCCGAUAUCCUCGCACAAAUAUCCACUCUUCAGAAUCUCGCUGCAAACCCCGAUCCCAAUCAUGUGGGCUACGCGCGUCAAAAGGCAGCUGGGAAGCUCUGGGUCCGCGAGCGGGUAAACCGGCUUUUCGACCCUGGAACUUUCUACGAGGUAGGUUCCGUGGCUGGAACUGUGGAGUGGAAGAGGCUCGCCGGGAUCAAGGAGGAGCCGGUGGCUUUCACACCAAGCAAUAAUGUGCAGGGUUUUGGCGCGCUGCGUGGGAGGAAGGUAGUCUUCACUGCGGAUGACUUUUCAAUUCGUGCAGGUCAUGCGGAUGGCGCGUUGGUUGAGAAGACGAUUUAUAUGGAGAAGAUGGCGAUUGAGCUCCGUCUCCCGAUUGUUAAGCUUGUAGACGGCUCGUCUGGUGGUGGAAGCGUGACUACGAUCAGAACACAGGGAUACAGUUACAUCCCGCCUCUGCCUAGCUUCUCGCAGGUAGCGAAACAACUCGAGCUCGGCAUCCCUAAUCUCGGCGCCGUUCUGGGUCCCGCAAUUGGACUCGGCGCCGCACGUGUCGUCUCCUGCCAUUUCUCCGUCAUGGCGGGGGACAUCGGCUCCCUCUUCAAUGCAGGCCCGAAGGUAGUCGCAGGCGCGACGUUUGAAGAAGGCCUCUCGUUCACGGACCUCGGCGGGCCGGGGAUGCACUGCACGAAUGGGACGAUCGACAACCUCGCCGCGGACGAAGAAGGAUGCUUUGAGCAGCUGCGUACUGUGUUGAGCUACCUUCCGAACCACGGCCUGGCGCUACCGCCGGUGAUCAAGAGCCAGGAUCCGGUGGAGAGAAGCUGUGAGAGCUUGCGAACUAUCAUCCCGCGCAAGAGAACGAGAAUGUAUAAUCCGCGCACUAUCAUUGAGACAGUCGUCGAUGCGGGGAGCUGGUUCGAGAUUGGCGCGCUUUGGGGCACCACUGCUAUCACCGGGCUUGCAAGGCUCGAUGGCCGGCCCGUCGGGAUCAUAAGUCUGAACUGCGAGGUCAACGCCGGGGCACUUGAUGCGUUGGGAAGCCAAAAGCUGACACGGCACCUGAAGUUCUUGGAUACGUUUAAUAUUCCGCUCGUUCAGUUUGUGGAUGUGCCAGGUUAUGCUAUCGGCACGGUAGCUGAGCGGUCGGCGACUAUGCGGCACGGUGUCGCGCUUGGAACGACGUAUUUCAGCACCACGAUGCCGGUGUUCUCCGUGAUAACGCGGCGGGUAUACGGUGUUGCCGGAGGGCUCAUGCUGGAUUGUCGGGACCCAAGGAUGCGUAUUGCGUGGCCUAGCGGAGAAUGGGGAAGCCUGCCACUUGAAGGUGGCAUUGAUGUCGGGCACGCGGCAGAGCUGAGAAAAAUCGAGAAGGAGAAGGGGAAGGAGGCUAGGGAGCUGCGGUAUAAGGAGCUUGACGAGGAGUAUCGCCGACUGAUGAAUCCGGUGAGGACCGCGAAUGCGUUCGCGGCGGAGGAGAUUGUGGAUCCAGCACUGACGAGGCGGAUUACGAGUGCAUGGGUUAAGCAUGUGUACGAAGAGUUGUUACCUAUCCGCCUCAUGGACAGGGCGAAUGGGAAGAUCAAGCCUGUAUUUUACUAAAUAUAGAUCAAAAUAAUUAUCUUC